GGAAAUUUGACAGUGCGCGAAGGAUUGUUGUUCAGAAAUGAUCGAUAUUUAACUCAAACCAAACACCAAUCUUGGAAAUACUAAUACUAACACGUCAUGGAUCGGUACGUGUUGGUAAUAUCCUUCUGCCAAACUGGUCACGAGCUGGCGGAGGAGUACACCUGUCUGGAGCCAGUAAAGCAGAUAUAUGACAAACUUGCGGACAUCUCAACUCAGGACUCAGUGAGUGGAGUCUCUGCGUUUCCAGCUUGCUCUCUCAUCGGCAGCCCAUCAGCUCAGAGGUGGUUCUUUGCUGUUCAGGCUUGCCAAGGAGUUACGCAGUUCUGCAGCUCAGACUGGGAAGAGCUGGGGACAGGCCAUCAGAGGACUGACAGUGAAGAGGAGAAGCCAACUGCUGUGGAGUCAUGUCUCUGUUUUCUGAGUAAUCAGGAGACACCGGACCAAAAGGCUGACCAGCCAGCACUGACAGAGCUGUUAGAGGAGGCUGCAGAGGGACUGCAUUUACUGUCAGACAAGCUGCCACCUCCAGGUAAAGCUUUGCUGGAUGUACUGGUGUUAGGCUCUGCAGAGCAGUCCCCUCCUGUUAAAGACCUGCUGCCUCUGCUCGGAGCCCUCAAACACAUGUCCUGCUGGCACGCUGCUAAGAUCACUGUAGUCACACAGCACACCACCGGGUGGCAGAAAGCAGCGUCCCUCCUUAGUGCCAGUCUGGUGGAGCCUGCUAACAUCCCCAGCUGUAUGGGCCAUAGAGAACUGUGGAGGGGUGGCCUGGUCAUUAGAGAGAAGAAGUACAUGUCGGAGCUUCGUUUCGAUGGCUUUUCUCUGCGCUGUCCAUUGCAUCACACAUCAGGAGCCAGUCUCUUGCAAGCUCCCUGCACCACUACAGACCACAAACUGCAGUCUGAGGUCUUCCAUUACUACGCACCAGUUUUAGAUUUGAUUCAGCUGGUUAACCUGGCAGACCUGCCCAGCUUUUUGAUGUCUACAACCCAGUUUGAACUAAGCCUGUCUGGGAAGUCAAUGAAAGCUCAACUUCUGUUGGACCAGCUGAAGUCACUGCGUGGAAAGGUUGGAGCAUUGUUCAGCCUGUCCUGUAUAAUCACCCCCAUCGCCCAGCCUGCAGCCAGUCAACUCAGCUCUCAACGCUGGAGAGAGUCUAUAACCAGGAGACCAAAGUCUUUACCUGUGCCCGAUGUAGAGGUGAAAGGUGAGAGUGCCCAUUACCUCCUGCUGGUCCAGGGCUCAGAUGAUGUUGGGUGCGGAGUAUGCAGGGUCAGGAUGCUGCACUCAGACACUCAAAUCAAUGGAGCGGCUGCCAUGGCAACCAUCUCUGGGUUGCUGAGAGAAAAGCCUCUGUCAUCAUCAGGAGGAGCUAUAGGCAACAUCCUCUGUCGUCUUCCCUGUCUCCAAGGAGACAACUUGCUGAAGAGAGAGCGGAAGGUGACUCAGGUCCAGAGACUGGUACUCAAAGAAUACCUCAGACAGAAAAAAGAAGCAUCGGCGUCACCUUUAAUACCCGUCAGUGAGUUGAAGGUCAUUCUGAGUUUGGCGAGGGAGCAGUACCUGAAGAUGAUUGACUCCACUCUGCCCUCUGCUGCCACCUGUCUGACAGACGAGCUGGAGAGCAGUGCUGCCAAAGACCCAGGUUUUCAGACCGUUUCCCAUUUGCAAUCUGACUGGCCUGAGAGAAGCGUCCUCCACAACAUAGAGAACCUGCAGAAGAGACGACAGAGGAGGAGAUUUGGUCUGUUAGGUCCAGGCUCCACUGACAGUCUGCUGGGUCCUAAAGACAAUCAGAGGAGCUCCUCUGCAUUACUGGACGCCAAAGAACUUCUCAGACAUUUCACAUCUGAUGGGUUGCCUACAGGGGAGCUGCAACCACUGGCUAUCAACAGAGGUAAUAAUGUGUUUCAGCUGUCACCAGACCUUUCUCCCAGGAGAAUUGUCCAGAUGCCCUUCAACAAGGCCUCAGCGUCGCAUUACCACGGCAUAGAGUUCUGCCUGGACAACCAGCGGUCAUUGGACCGGGACCAGGCCUUUGUGAAACUCCAGUCCCGUCUGAUUCGGUACGAGACCCAAACCACCUGCUCAAAGGAGCCCUGUGCCCUCCCCUUCGCACUCAGCCCUGCCCCCUCUCCUGCUGUGAUGUCAGAACCAGGAAGUGUGCCUGAUGGAGAGACUUUGCAGAACGCUGAUGUAGCACGACUUAAGCGCAAAUCGUGGGACACGGACGUUAUCGGAGGUUAUCCCCGCAAAAGGCUGGUGAAGUCAGAGAGCAGUGACUCCCUCUGUUCUCAGAGCAGCGGCAGCAGCGGGACACACCCUGCGAUCAGGUCUCUACGACAACAGCCGAGCAGAUCGCAGUCCACAUCCUCAGGUUUGGUGACCCUUCCAUCUGCAGACAAACCUAAACCUCAGCAGCUGAAAACACAUCACUCACAAACAGGGGAGAAAUCUACCAAAGAGUCACGCUCCCAGAAACACAACAGGAUGCUGCAGGAGGUGGUGGCUAAAACACUCAAACACCACGGGAUCACUGCCGAGCACGAGCGCUUUGAGGCCUGCAGCAAAAGACUGUUUGAUAUCUCGAAAUUCUAUCUCAAGGAUCUGAAGACAUCUCGGGGUCUGCACGACGAGAUGAAGAAAGCAGCCAGCAUCAACGUUAAACAGGUCAUUGACUGGGUGUUGGAGAAGACCUCCAAGAAGUAAAGACGGUCGAGAACAAUCAGUGAGAAAGAAAAUGUUUUGUUAUUUCAUGUUGUUCCUUAAAAAACGGCAUCCUCUUGUCACAUUUUCACACAUUUCAAAGUGUUUUGCCUUUUAAGCCUUUCUGAUAAGUUUUAAAUUGUUACAUUAAGCCUGUUUUAAUAAUCUUAAUCCUUUAUUUAAUUUUAUCUUGUCUUUCGCGAAGGCUAUUUAACUGCGACAUAUCAUUUUUUCAGAUGUAUUAUGUUUUGUGUUGGUGUGUUUUGAGUUUCUGUUUGUGUUCUGGUACACUCCCACUGCUGCAAAGCCUUGAAACAGAAAAACAGAAACAUACUGAGACAAAAUCGACCUAGUCCACUCUGCACUGUGAGAGGCCAUGAAGGCUUCGAGAUAGUUUCUUUGGGUUGCAGUCGUGUUUUCGACAUGAUUUUAAAUCCUUUCUCAGUUGUGUAUUUUGUCUCUACAUAUUUUAAUAAUUUUACAAAUGUACAUAUUUGAUCUUUUUACUGUUUCUAACACAAUACAC